ACCUGCUUCAAGGAAAUUUGUUCAUCCUCGACAAAUCAACCCAUCGCCCAAGGAACAAGAUGCCUCCCAAAUCUGGCAAGAAGGUCGCCCCUGCUCCGUUCCCUCAGAGCAAGGCUGGCAAGAAGGGACCUAAGAACCCCCUCAUCGAGAAGCGCCCUCGCAACUAUGGCAUCGGCCAGGACAUCCAGCCCAAGCGAAACCUGUCUCGCAUGGUAAAGUGGCCCGAGUAUGUCCGCCUCCAGCGCCAGCGCAAGAUCCUUCGCCUGCGUCUCAAGGUCCCCCCCUCUCUGGCCCAGUUCCAGCACGUCCUUGACCGCAACACCGCCGCCCAGGCUUUCAAGCUCCUCAACAAGUACCGCCCUGAGACCAAGGUCGAGAAGAAGGAGCGUCUCCUGAAGGAGGCUACCGCCGUCAAGGAGGGCAAGAAGAAGGAGGAUGUCUCCAAGAAGCCCUACACCGUCAAGUACGGUCUCAACCACGUUGUUGGCCUGAUCGAGAACAAGAAGGCUUCUCUUGUCCUCAUCCCCAACGAUGUUGACCCCAUUGAGUUGGUUGUCUUCCUUCCUUCUCUCUGCAAGAAGAUGGGUAUCCCCUACGCCAUCAUCAAGGGCAAGGCUCGUCUCGGCACUGUCGUCCACAAGAAGACCGCUGCCGUCCUGGCCCUCACUGAGGUCCGCUCCGAGGACAAGAACGAGCUGUCCAAGCUCGUCUCUGCCAUCAAGGAUGGUUACCUGGAGAAGCACGACCAGGUCCGCCGACAGUGGGGCGGUGGCAUCAUGGGCCCCAAGGCUCAGAUGCGCAUCGUGAAGAAGCAGAAGGCUCUUGAGGCUGCUACCAAGAUUUAAGCUUUCUAAUACCCGGGUUGCAUUGGGAUUUAUGGGAUUAUCAUCGGUGUUUAAGGGUUCAGGGCAUGGCAAAAAAUGAAUGAAUUUCCAGCACAGUUGUGUAUCCCAAAUAUGAUGGUUCCACGCA